CAAAACAUUUUGAAAUAUUUGAAAUUGUUAAGAAAUCGAAGAGCCAAGCGGCUCGACUUCUUAUUGUCGUGUUAUAUAAAUUAUAUCUAUAAAAUGUGAGUACUAUAUAAGACAUGGUGAUAUAUAAUUAUAAUAAGAUAUGUCAAUUUCCGAAGCAAACUAUACAUGUAUAGGCUUCUCAUGACCUACAAAGAACACAAUCCAACCAGCUAUCUUUUGCCGCCCUGUUAUAUUAACGUUCGUAUUUAUCCUUACUGUCUCUUUCAUUUCCAAGACUUAUGGCUCUCCUUCAUUAGUUCAUUAAAACACUUCACAAAAAACAUUCGUAAUCCCCAGAAAAGAAUAAGAAAAAGUUAUUAAAAUCACAUAAUUCAAACAGUUAUGUUCACGUGGAAUAAUAUUUAAUAAUUAUUUGUAAACAAUUUGAGAUAGACUCAUAGACAAGUAUUGUGGUAUCUUUUUCUAUUAGCCGCAGUUUAUAGCAAAUUAAUUAAAUGAUAGUAGUACUUAUUUUUAAUCUUAAGAGUAAUGAUUGAUUUUACAAAAGAAAAACCUGAAUAAAUCCAAAUGUUUUUUUCUUUCUAUUUGUCUUCUCAUAAAGAGUAGCCUCUUUUUUACCAUUUCAGCCGCUCCCUGCCAUGUUUUCAGAGUCUUCAGCACAGAAAACGACACGCAUGUCACUGUCUUUCUCUCUUCAUUUCAUUUGACUCUGUUCCACUUCCUCACUAAAUUGCUAUAUAAAUAUAAGAGUCUCCCCUUGAAUUCCAUGCAUCAAUCAAACCCCAAAAUUCUCAAUUACCUCACAAUGGAAAAGGAAGGGAAGGUAGGAACGGCAAGCAGUUCAAGGUGGAACCCAACGAAAGAACAAAUAACGCUUCUUGAGAAUCUUUACAAGGAAGGGAUACGAACACCAAGCGCCGAUCAGAUACAGCAAAUCACCGGUAGGCUCCGUGUGCACGGACAUAUAGAGGGUAAAAACGUCUUUUACUGGUUCCAGAACCAUAAGGCUAGACAACGCCAAAAGCAGAAACAGGAGCGCAUCGCUUACUUCAAUCGUCUCCUCCACAAAACCUCCCGUUUCUUCCGCCCACCGCUUUGCUCAAACGUGGGUUGUGUUAGUCCGUAUUAUUUACAGCAAGUAGGUGAUCAUCACAAUCAACAUGGGCAUGGAAGUGUAUACAGACACAGUAACAAUGUGAUGAAUCCAAACGGGGGCUACGAUAAGCGCACAAUCACAGAUCAUAAGAAGCAAUUGUCUGACAUAACUACAACCGCAGCUAGACUGUCAAUGUCAUCGAGCUCACUUAGAUUUGACCGAUUUGCCCUUUGUGAUCACGGUUAUAACGGUGAGGACAUUAACGUCAAUUCUAAUGGACCGAAGACGCUUUCCCUUUUUCCUCUUCAGCCUUUGGACGCGGCCAGUGAGGAUGGUGUUGGAAAUUCCAAAAUUUCCCCUGGGCGUGACUCUCCGGUGACUUGUUUCGGUGAUGGCGGCGGACGAGAGCAGCCGUUUAUUGAUUUCUUUUCUGGUGGUUCUAGUAGGUUUGCUAAUGGUGCAAAUGGGUUGUAACAAAGGGUUUAAAUGGGAAUAAACAUUUUCUUUUUUUAUCAUUUUGUCAUUUCAUUUACAAAUGGGUUGAAAAAACAUGAAAAACUAGUUUAGUCCAAUCUGAGUAAUUUUAUUUCACAUUUAAAAUAAAAUUGAAGUACAUAUUAUAUAACAAUAAUGUCGAUCAAAACCAAAACUGUAUUACAAUAAUGUCAAUUAUAACAAAUUAGUCGCAUAUCUGGAUUUUUAUAUUUUAGUUUUUUGUGAUUUUUAUUUCGAGUUGUCUAAAAGAGAAUAAAAGAUAAAUCAUGAAAAGAUAAAGCGCUUCAAAUACAGUAGGAAAUGUGUUUUGUUUAUCCCUGAUUAUCUUGAAAAAGUAAUGAGAGACUUUGGAAAAGUCGAAAUAAACUCUUGUUUGCACAGAAAGUUAUCAGUGAAGAGGAGAUGCUACCAAAAGAAUGACUUUCUAGCCUCCAAAUGAAUCUCCAUAGGAAGGAUGCGCAGAAGUUAAAUGCAGAGACCUUCAAGUUGAUAGCUCAAAUGUGUUAUUGAAGGGAAAGACUGAUCUUGACCUUGAUUGGAUAGUAAGAAAUAGCGAUGGAAUAUUAAUGGAUAGUGUAGUGGAAUUUAAUUUGCAGGUCGUCACAACCACAAGAAAAAAACUGAAUGCUCUGCACUUACGUAUGGGCUUUACAAUCUUGCUUGUCAUUAGGAUAUACGUAUUGUAGAGAUCAAAGGAGAUAAAACAUGGUCAUCAACCAGUACUGUCAUCAACAAUGUUCUCAAUAUGAAAUCCAACAAUAUAAUCUAAAACUAAAAUAUUACAUCUAUACACUAUACUGUUAGGACUUAGGAGUCGGGAAGCCAUGUUCUGGUUGGCUAAAUUAUCACACAUGAAAAGUUCUUGUAACUAGUAUAAAUUAGCUUUUCAAAAAUACAUAUAAAUUAGCUAUGAAUACUGUAAAAUCAUCACCUCAUGAGUUUGGUCCUAGUUGUCCAAACUUUCUUCAAGAGAUUGUAAUUAGUACUAGAUCCGCACCUUGCGCGGGAUGAACAUUAUAUAUAUAAAUAAUUAUAUAUAUUAUCUGUUUUUACAUGAAAUAAUAAAUAUAUAUUGAAUAAUUAAAAGUCAUUAACUAUUAUAUAUAUAAUUAAAUUUGUGCGAACAUAUAAUUAAAUCAAUUUUAUUAAUCCAAACAACAUUUUUUUUCUAUUUGAUAGGAUAUGUAAUUAAAUUUUAAAUGAUAUU